AUGAGUCGUGUAAUGCAGAGUGUUAUUAAACAAUAUUUGUUUCUAACGUUGAUAUUCGUAAGUUUCAGUAGCUCUAUAUCUUCUGAAUUCGAUAUCAAAUGUAAAUUUGCUGGAAAACAGAAUACUCCGUUUUGGGCUGGCGACAUUAUCGCUGGUACACUCGAAUAUACCCACAGUAAAUAUCCGGAAUGGAAUAUAACGAAUAUCAGGGCUGUACUGUUUGGCAUGGUUUCAUAUAAAGCGAGGUUUUUUGAAAAGAGAUCACGUCACAGCUAUGAAUUCUUACGUGAACGACUCAUCUUACGACCGGCCAAUGGUUCAAAAGAUCUUCUUCCAGCAUUUUACAACUACAGUUGGCCGUUUAGUUUCCGUCUUGACAAAUCUUUACCACCUACGGUUCAAAAGAUUCAUUCCAAAAGCGCAAAUGUUUAUUACUACAUUAUGUUUCUGUUUGAACGACCCGAGUGGUAUAGAAAAGAUCUUGAAAAAAUUUGCUCCAUUAAUAUUCAACAUUUAUCGUCGUUGACAAAUGCGAAGCAAGUUGAAGAACGAAAAAAGAAUGGAAAAGGUAUUCACCUUCAUAUUAUUCUUCAUAAAAAUAUAGUCGUUGUUGGAAAAACCUUCUCAUUUACAGUUAACUUGCAAAACUGGAAGAAAGCACUCAUACAUCGCAUAUCCGCUACUCUGUUACAGACAGUAACAGGAGGUCGUAUCACAAAAGAAAAGUCCGUUCUAUAUACACAGACUCUUGAAGGAAUGCAUUCAUUUCAAAAUGAAACUUUUCAUCAACAGUUCGAAUUACCUGUUCCUCUCAUUGCUGCAUCCACGUGGGCUGCAAAUUCUUCUUUCGGAUUUCUUAAAGGCAAACCACUUGUCGUGAGCCAUCAACUCCAAGUCGAAGCUCAUAUUCGUGGUUUCUACACCAAUAUUCGUCUGAAGAUUCCACUAACCAUUAUCUAUACAAACGAAACACAAAACUGA